GACGGCCGGUCGAGAGACGCGCUUUGCCGGGCGGAGAGCAAUUGAUAAAAUCCGCCUAAAGCUGAUAAAUCCACCAAAGCAAGGGUCAUAUUUCAAUCUAAUCAGUGCGAGAGUGAUGACUUGGCUGCUCAGGCCGCUGCUGCGCGUGAAAAGUCUCGCCAGGUCCGUGUACAGUGUCUCAUCGGCAGCGUCACCUGAAACCGCCCUAGAGAUGAAAGCCAGUGUCUUCAAGUAUUCCCGGCGAUUCGAGGGAGAGCCCAAGGUGUCGGACUUCAAGCUGGUGCAGGAGGAGCUGAAGACACUUGAGGAAAAUGAAAUCCUCUGCGAGGCGCAAUUCUGGAGCGUUGAUCCCUACAUGAGAGUCUACAUGGAGAGUCAUCCGCUGGGCGUCACCAUGAUUGGUGGUCAAGUGGCCAGGAUCAUUGAGAGCAAGAACGCCAAAUUCCCGGCAAACUCCUGGAUGUUUGCCUACUUUGGCUGGCGCACGCACACUGUAAUCAAUCCGGAGACGGCUCCAGUCGAGGCUCAGGUGCGCCUCUUGGGCGAUAUGGGCAACCUGUCCCCUUCCCUGGCUCUGGGGAGUCUCGGGAUGCCCGGGAACACCGCCUACUUCGGCCUGCUGGAGCUCUGCAAGCCGCAAGCCGGUGAGACAGUCGUUGUGUCCGGAGCCGCGGGCGCCGUUGGCUCUCUCGUGGGCCAGAUAGCCAAGAUCAAGGGAUGUCGCGUGGUGGGCAUCGCCGGUGGGCCGGAGAAGUGUGCCUGGCUGACGAAGGAUUUGGGCUUCGACUCGGCGAUCGACUACAAGGCGCAAGAUGUGCGCGGGGCGCUGAAGGAAGCCGCGCCGAAGGGCGUCGAUUGCUACUUUGACAACGUCGGUGGCGAGAUUAGCUCCGCCGUGAUCCGGCAGAUGAAUCAAUUCGGCAGGAUCUCCGUGUGUGGCUCCAUCAGUUCCUACAACGACGAUCCGAAGAGCUGGCCGAAAGUGCCUCACGUGCAGCCGGAGCUUGUGUUCAAGCAGCUGAAGAUGGAGGGAUUCAUCGUGACGCGCUGGCUGCAUCGCUGGAUGGAAGGCAUCUCGGCGAUGAAACAGUGGAUGAAGGAGGGCAAGGUGAAGAGCCACGAGACCUUCACCGAGGGCUUCGAGAACCUUCCGCGCGCCUUCAUCGACAUGAUGGCGGGCAAGAAUGUGGGCAAAGCCGUCGUGAAGGCUAAGAUGUAACUCAAGGGUAUUACAGAAGAUAAUAAUAAUGACAGAGGCUAUGAUUUACAAAAGAA